UUGUUUAUCAAACAACACGAGAGUUUCGCCUCUUGGUAUCUAUACUCUUUCAUACCCUCUUCCGGUUCUGAUCGGGCAACACUGCAUGCUUGUCACUACGCGUGUGUGGACAUACAGAAACUGGACUGCAGCACGAGUAAACAUGGAUUGGAAUGACAUUCUAUAUUACAUAUGACAUUACGGUAGCAUUUCGUCAUUAGAUGUAUAAGUUACAUUGAGAUUUGUUCGGAUAUCCUGAACUUCUAACGACCAUCAAGAUAUCGCGUUUAUAUCCGCACACCCUAUUAAAUAUCAUAAAGCAUUUAUGCCUGCAGCUGAAGCCUGAUAAAAAUCAUCACUAAAGAAACAUCUGAUCUGAUCGGACUUCAUCAUGUUGAUUCCUGCAAGGACUGUGAACAUUGAGAUGGGGAAAAGUCCGUUGCUGUCUGUUCAGCCCAGUCGAGGUCUGGUGGACGAGAGGUUUCAGAUUGUCAUAGAGAAUUUAUUGCCAAACCAGGCGGUAACGCUGCACUCUUUACAUCAAUCUGAGGACAAGGACUUCUGGGAGGCGUUUGGACAUUACAUCAGUGAUGAACAUGGAACAUUGACAGUGGCCCAAGAUGAAUGUUUGGGGGGGACUUAUGAAGGGACAGAGCCGAUGGGUUUGCUUUGGAGCAUGAGACCUGUACCGGGAAGUCGAAGUGGACUCAGGUUACGCAAGAGGGAUGUACUUUCCCCGAUGGUAGUUCAGAUUUCAGUAUAUAGCGGUCAUUUGUCUGAAGGCUUCAGCAAGCAAACAGCGUUGGCAACCAGUGUCACAGAGCGCUGGUACAUGGCACCAGGUGUGCAUAGGGUGGAUGUCAAAGAAAAAGGAGUACGAGGAACAUUAUUCCUUCCUCCAGGACCAGGACCUUACCCAGGAGUGCUGGACUUGUGGGGAGGAGGUGGUGGUUUAGUUGAGUAUCGCUCAGCUCUGCUUGCAUCUCAUGGCUUUGCCUCACUGGCACUAGAGUACUUGGCUCCCAACGAGCUGAGCACCGCAGAUGUUGACUUCUCAUACUUUGAGAAAGCAUAUCAAGUCCUGCAGAAUCAUCCAAAGGUACAAAGAGACCGACUGGCUAUGUUUGGACUAUCAUUUGGAGCUGCAGUCACACUCAGUAUGGCGGCCUACUCGAAAAUCAUCAAGCCCCAGUGCUGUAUAUGUAUCAGUGGAAGUCAUGGGAUUCCUGUCGAUAAAUCUCUGUUUGAAAUAUUUGAGGAGUUAAAAAAGAAUGUAUUUAAGAUACGUGUGAAUGAGGAUAACCAGGUAAUCUACAGAGACUUAAUCUUACCGAUUCCCUCAGACAUGACUCUCAAAGUAGACGUUGGGAGAAUAAAGUGUCCACUUCUGUUGGUGAACGCUGGUGAUGAUCAGAACUGGCCUUCGGUUGAAUCUGCUGAAGAUAUGAAAGAGAUGAUGACAAAAGCAGGAAAUCUUCACUUGUUGGAAGUCCAGACAUAUCCUGGUGCGGGUCAUCUGAUUGAACCUCCUUACACACCUCACUUCCGUGCCAGUAACUUCAUCUCUCAAGGCACUGAGAAAAUUGUCAUGCUGUGGGGUGGACAGACGAAACCGCAUGCAGACGCACAAGAGGAUGCAUGGAAAAGAAUUUUAGCAUUUUUGCGUCAACACCUCUAUUCCAGCAUAAAUCAUGCAGUUAAAGCCAGACUUUAGUUGUGUCAUUAAAACACAAACAGAUGUCUCUAAAUGAACAUAUUCAUGUUAAUUGUGAUUUUCAGAACUAUGAUUUUAAGAAAAUAUGUUAUUAUUAGGGCUCUCAAAAUCAACACAUCAAUGCACACGACAAGCACUUAUCUUUUACUGCCGUUAAUGCAUUUUUAUAUAUUUAUAGAGGUAAUUGGAAUUGAUUUAAGCAUUGUGCACACACACAAAGAAUAUGUAUAGCAUAUUGCAGGACACAUUUCUGAGUAAAUAGUAAAAGAAAUUUAAUGCAGAUGGAUUAUGAAACUUAGACAGUCAUUUGCAGUCUUUGCAUGAUGAAAUUGCAUUAUAAUUGAAGCUCAACAAGCAAUUUAAUAUGUUUAAAAAAACAUUGGUCAGAAAAAAAUGAAUGCAGACAUACAGUAUGAAGGUACAUCCAUAAACUGUGGUGAAAGGCAGUGUUUACUUUGCAUUUCCUGCAGUAAGUGACAGUGUAUUGAUUUUGUUUGACAAAUACAGUGUCUGUCUGUAUUUCUGUUUUUACUUCGUAAUAAUUAUGUGUAACUGUGAGUUACAGUAAUAACACUAAUGAAAGAAGGCUGUGUAAGGUCCCUUGAGGCACAAAAUCUGUAUGAUGCAAAAAAUUAAGAAGAGGUAUUUUGAAACAUAGUGCCAAUGUAAUAAUUAAAUCUUAUUUGUCACUUUUUA